AUGUCUAAACCGGUCGAUUUUUGCCGCCUCUCGGCUGCUACAAUCCUUUGGCUUGCCUUAAAACGUUCCACCCAGGUCACCCUGAUCCAGGUCAACCGAAUCAAGGUCACCCGGUCAGGGCCACCCGAACGCAGGUCACCGUAUCCAGGUCACCCUGAUCCAGGUCAACCGAAUCAAGGUCACCCGGUCAGGGCCACCCGAACGCAGGUCACCGUAUCCAGGCCACCCGGAUCCAGGUCACCCGAAUCCAGGCCACCCGGAUCCAGGCCACCCGGAUCCAGGCCACCCGGAUCCAGGCCACCCGAAUCCAGGCCACCCGAAUCCAGGCCACCCGGAUCCAGGCCACCCGAAUCCAGGCCACCCGAAUCCAGGUCACCCGAAUCCAGGCCACCCGAAUCCAGGCCACCCGGAUCCAGGCCACGCGAAUCCAGGCCACCCGAAUCCAGGCCACCCGAAUCCAGGCCACCCGAAUCCAGGCCACCCGGAUCCAGGUCACCGGAUCUCGGUCACCCGGAUCCAGGCCACCCGGAUCCAGGCCACCCGAAUCCAGGCCACCCGAAUCCAGGUCACCCGAAUCCAGGCCACCCGAAUCCAGGCCACCCGAAUCCAGGUCACCCGAAUCCAGGUCACCGUAUCCAGGCCACCCGGAUCCAGGUCACAAGGAUCCAGGUCACCCAGAUACAUGCCCCAGGAUCCCCGGGUCACGUUCUCGGGAGCCCCGAGAAGGGAGAACUGAUUCUUCCCUCUACUUUCUUCUUCCUUUAUAGUAAUCUUAUCUGCCUGAGGUCAUCUUGGGGCGUGGGUUUCUAA